ACCUUGUAAAACAAAGCCGGGGAAAAUGCCUGCCCGUGCAGCUCGGAGCGCGCAGCCGGUCUCUGAAUAAGAAGUGAGUACAAUGGCGUGUUCGUAAAAAAAGCUUCAAGUCCGUCUUUUUCAAAAAACAUUUUGAAUGCUGCAUGCCUCAUGCUUCCCAGCGCCUCGCGGGAGAGACCCGGCUAUAGAGCAGGAGUGGCGGCACCUGACUUGCUGGACCCUAAAUCUGCCGCUCAGAACUCCAAACCGAGGCUCUCGUUUUCCACGAAACCCACAGUGCUUGCUUCCCGGGUGGAGAGUGACACGACUAUUAAUGUUAUGAAAUGGAAGACGGUCUCCACGAUUUUCCUGGUGGUUGUCCUCUAUCUCAUCAUCGGAGCCACUGUGUUCAAAGCAUUGGAGCAGCCUCAUGAGAUUUCACAGAGGACCACCAUUGUGAUCCAGAAGCAAACAUUCAUAUCCCAGCACUCCUGUGUCAAUUCCACGGAGCUGGACGAACUCAUCCAGCAAAUAGUGGCAGCAAUAAAUGCAGGGAUUAUCCCUUUAGGAAACACCUCCAAUCAAAUCAGUCACUGGGAUUUGGGAAGUUCCUUCUUCUUUGCUGGCACUGUUAUAACAACCAUAGGUAGGAGACAACUUACUUUGUUUUUUUAUUUUGGUGUAAUUU